UUAUAUAUAAUGGGAGGAGGAUAUUAGACAUUAUUGGGACGGUGUGUGACCAAGGAGCAGCUAAUCAGGGUACUAUGAAAAUUUUGAUAUCUUCGUCACCAACUGAGUAUGCAGCAUGCACAUUUACAGUGAAUAAUAAAAGUAGGAUUGUGCUCUAUGAUCCACCACACUUACUCAAAGGUAUUAGAAACCAAUUGUUAAAAAAAAAACUUAAUAUGGGAGACAGACAAUGAAAAAUUAACAGCAUCAUGGAGCCAUAUAAAAAAUGCCUACUACAUUGAUGUAUGUAGUGGGGACCUCCGAGCUCUCCGCAAAAUCACGGAAGAGCACAUCACGGAGGAAAAGAUGAAGAAGAUGAAGGUGGCCCAUUGCGCUCAAGUACUUAGCCAUACAAUGGCAGCUACUAUCUCCAUGAUGGCGCGAAAUAAUGAAAUAAGUAGCGAUGGUACCGUAACAAUGCCAAAAGAGGCCAUCGCUACCGAUAAAAUUCUAAAAUUUUUCGAUAAUCUGUUUGAUUCUGUUAAUGGGUCCCUAAGAAUAAACUCAGAAGGGAAACCACUUAAAAUGGUGGCAAAAUCAACAAGCGACCACCGCAACUUUUGGAUUGACAGUAUAAAACACCUGGGGAACAUGUGGUUUGAAGACCACAUUAAAAAAACCAGAUCAAUACCGCCCUCAUUGAAGAACUGGGUUACUACAUUGAAGGGAAUGUUAUCAAUAUUAUGUUAUGUGGAGAGGAAGAAAUUGCCCUUUUUUAUUCCACGGCAAAUAAACCAGGAUCCCUUAGAAAAUAUGUUUGGGCAAAUAAGACAAAUGAGAGGUCGAAACAUUAAUCCCACCUGCCAAGGGUUUGGAGACGCAUUUAAAUCACUUCUUGUGAGAAAAAUGUUGUCUCCUCAUUUGGCAGGUGGAAAUUGCGAAGAAGAUAAUUCAAAAAAUUUGUUAAAGCCAACGGUUUUUUUAAAUAAAUGCAGGGGGAGUGAUGUUUUUGAGGAAGAAGAAUUUGAGUUACCUCCCCUGACUACAAAAUUGAAUCAUUCAUAUCAAGCAAGUAUAUUUUCAUAUGUUGCAGGUUAUGUGGCACGUAAAGCAUUAAGAAAGAACCAAUGUGAAUUCUGCAUUACCCAUAUUGUAAAUAAAAGUCCUAAUAGAAACAGUAUAGAAAAUAAAUUUUUAGUAGCCAAAGAAUAUGGUUCUGCGAAGUUGGUGUUUUGUAAACCAACACUUUUAAAUAGUUUAAAAAAAUGUUUCGACAUAAUAUAUAGUGUUCUAGAACACAAUUUUCAACGGAAUUAUUUAUUAUUGUACAUAAAAGAACUAAUUAAAAGAAAUGUCACGUUCACAUUUUUGUGUCACAAAGAUGAUAUUAUAGAGUAA